AUGGUUGUUCGGGAAACCGCCGCCGCCGCCAUUUUCAGUCUGUCGGUGGAGGACGACGUUAAAGUGGCCGCCGGCGACGCGGGCGCCGUGGCGCACUUGGUAGAGAUCCUGCGGUUCGGCUCGCAACAGGGAAAGCGCGACGCGUGUAAAGCACUAUUCAAUCUUUCCAUGGCUGGUUGCAAUAAGACGCGUGUUCUGGAGGCGAGCGGUGUGCCGGCUCUGGUAGAGAUACUUACCCAGUGCAACAGCGGAACCGCGGAAAAGGCGGCGGCAGUGCUGGCGAAUGUGGUAACGGUGGAGGCGGGACGCGACGCGGUGAUGGAGGAGGAGGAUGCGGUGGUGCAUCUGGUGGAAAUGCUCGAGGCGGGCACGCCGCGAGGCAAGGAGCAUGCGACGGUGGUGCUGUUUCAGCUGGCGUACCACAGCGAAGAGCAUCGGACAGCCAUCCUUAUGGAGGUGGUGAUUCCCCCACUCAUUGGGAUCACGCAGACGGGCACGGCUCGUGCACGAGAAAAGGCGAAGCAACUGCUAUCUAUUCUCCGGAAAACUGGUUGA